AUGCGGUUCAGCUACCCGAGUCUCGUCAAGCGCGUCGGACUUCUGUUGAAUCAAGCGUCGAGGCUUAACUGGACACCGGAGGGUCAGGCAUGGAAGAGCGGCGUUCUUUCUGUCGCAUCCGAGGCGUGGCUUGCUGAACUAGCUGAUCUGCCCGGAUUUGCGGCGCGCACGAAUGACCUCAAGGUGCGAAUUGAGCGGGAUCGAUUGGCUCUUCAGCACGCCGAAUCGACUGUUGGCGGCUACACGUACGGUCUGACCUUUGGGAUGUUCGCCCAAAUACUGAUCGGUCACGCCAUGUACAACGCGGUCGUGAGCGUUCAAGGCGAGCUGAGCGAGGCAGAGCGUCUCGGGAUCGAGUACGGAAAGCUGCUCGUCGAUGUCUGCGUUGGGGUCACCAUUCAGGACCUGGACCACGGACUCCUUGGCCUGCUCAACCUCGUGGAACCGGCCGGUCUGGCGUGGUACCAAACGACGCCUGACAAAGUGCGGCACGCGUGGCCAUACUUGUCUCCAGAUGCUCGGUACCACGUCAUUCGUCGCUGCGUCCACGCCUACAAGCACAUCGCCGAGUACAAGCUGGGGCACAAUAACUCGCCACAAAUACUCGAGGAGCACCUGCCCACUGCGGAGACUCUUCUCGGCUCGCUCCCGCUCAUCACGUGGCACGACAAUAUCCCGGACUGUGUAUUGUGUGCCAAGGAGUACGGCGUUCCUGCCCACUCACUUGCUAUUUGGACGUCUCGGUUCUUCCCUCGAGCUCGCGCCAGCAUAGCGAGGCAGAUGCGGACGUUCUGA